UUGCCGUCGUAUGUGGAACAUUCCAUCACCACCAUCAUUCGUGGUCGUAGGACGCGAACAGACGGAACGACGGGAUUGGCGCGCUCGUCCUUGACGUGGCUGCCACAUGGACAGCAGCGACGAAACGUUGACGACGAACCGCGUUAGACAACACUACUAGCGGCGGUUGAGGCAGGAACUCAAUGCAUUCGUGUACUACUGUAUCUUGAGCAUCCCUACCAACCGUGGACGCCCAGUUCGCCGUCUACGUUUCGUUGCUGCAGUCCACAUAGCAGCCAGAGUCGAGGACGAAUGGCAUUGGCCUCGAAUGCGAGUGUCAUGCCGCCGCGAUAAUUGUUCGUGCGAUUGGUGUUAGAUGAGGUGAUGGACUAUAGUACACACGACAAACUCUGCAUGCGCGCAGAAACUGACGACGAGCUCCUGGAGGAUCGCGUGGUGGUUGUAGCGUUGUGUUGGUUCCGUCGAGGUGCACCUCAUCCCCGACAGAAGUCGAAUACGCAACUUUGUACAGGUCUGAGAUAUCACCAUCAAGGUGGUUGUGAAUGUGCACGAUCAAGCACUGCAGCAACACUCGCAUCCAUGGACCAAAUGAACGUUGACGAAUCACUUGGGCAUCUCAAAUAUGUGAAGUUCCGAUCUAGCUGUAAAUUAGUUUUAAAUUAAUUUUGUAGACCCCCCAUGUAGAAAAAUGGAAUUAAUUGGGGGGACCCAUGCAUUUUGAAUGCGACGGCAGCCAAAAAUUGGUUGUCCAACGUCCAAGUGCGAUGGAUUUGUAUGGUGAUUUGGACAAGUACACGAAUGUACCAGCGACCGGCCAGUCUGGCCUGGGCUUCACGUCCGGUGGAGGAGCAAAGGACUCCAUGAAUCCAUCAAAGGCAGCAGCAUCUUCAAAGUCCGAGGUGGCUCCUCCCGCGAAAAGUAGUGUCCAUUGCUGCGUGAUUCUUGAUGCCUGAGCUGUCUCUGUGUGUUCUCCCAGGCAGUGCAGGAUCUAGCAGUGCACUCAAGUUCAUUCCUCGUCGUCGACGGGAGGAACCGGUACCUCGGCCCAGCCCGCUGACCACCGGAUCGUCUGACAGUGGCAUUUCGACUCGGUUUUCCCCUGCCAACGCCACCACGUCGUUGAAGACUUCGCUUGGCAUGGCAGCAUUCACGCCCGUGUCCGUGACGCGCAGCAAACAUGCUGUCACCGAUACCCCCGCAGACGACGUGUCGUUCUCGGCCGUCGACGCCAAAGCCAUGGACUUGCAUCGCCCGGACAGCGUGGUUGAAGAGUACGACCCACAUCGGCCCAACGACUACACGGCGUUUUGCGAAGAGCGUGAAAUUCGUCAAAAGAACGCCGAAGUUCGCGCAGAUUUGGAACGGCGGCAGAAGCGGCUGGAACGGGAACGGCUGCGAGACCGCGAGCAGCUCGACAAGGACUUGGAGGCCGGUCGGGUGCCUAACCUGGCCACAACGACCGUGCCAGGUGGCCGCGGUCGUGGGAUGAACUUGCCAGCUUGGAUGAUGAAAAAGAUCGAAGGAACAGCCGAACAUGAAACUUCAAGUACUCCGAGCAGACCACAGCACCCGUCACCAGUGCAAGGGCAAUUUGACGAUGUUGGUCAUGCCUCCACUACGUUGCGCCCCGACGCUUCGGACAAGACAAGUGCUGCGCCAUCGAGCAGUCAACCCCCUGCUCCGUCGGGUGGAGCUGCCGCGAAGGCGACUACGCCCCAUGUCCACGCUGCUAGUACUGUAUUUCCGUUGAAUGCAGCGCUUACCGCAGUGUGUGUAGGACCCGUGGAGGUGGUGAAGAAGGCGCGCCUGAGUCGCUUUGGCCAACGUAGCGAUGUGGACACCAAGCAAAGCGUGUUGUUGCUCCUGAAUAUGGUGGCACCUGGGGACGUGGACGACGACUUGAACGACGAAGUCAGGGAAGAAUGCGAAGGAAAGUACGGUCCCGUGGCACAGUGUAUCGUGUUUGAGGUGCCGUUUCGCGUACCCCCCGAAGAAGCGGUGCGUAUUUUCGUCGAGUUUGUGCACGAAAGUGACGCUGCCAAAGCCAUGGCUGGUCUGAACGGGCGGUUCUUUGGCGGACGCAAGUUGGCCGUCACCAAGUUUGACAAGGCGCAAUUCGAUCGACGGGACUUGGCUCCGUAGACCUAUAGUCGUGUCCUCAUAAAUGCAAUGAAACAUAUCACAGUCGA